AAGAAAAUAAUUUGCAGAAGUGAAACAGCCGCAGCCGCAAACGGAAGCAAAACAGCUAGAAGCGAUAGGAAUUUUGUACUUUUAUACAGCGACACAAAGAAGCCACAGAAUGACCGAUCUGCGCAACGAGAUGGACAGCGAUCUGGACCAGAACUACUCCCUGAACAGCAACGCGGACCCCAAGAACAUGCAGGAGCUGACCAUAUACGUACAAAAUCUGUUGCAGAAUGUGCAGGACAAGUUCCAGACGAUGUCCGACCAGAUAAUAACGCGCAUCGACGACAUGGGCAACCGCAUCGACGACCUGGAGAAGAGCAUCGCGGAUUUGAUGAACCAGGCCGGGAUCGAGGGUCAGGGCCCGGAGAAAUGAGACCCGUAGAGCUGGUUCAGCCACGCCCAUCUGGAAACUGCACCCAAAUCCCAUAAGAUACAUACAUCGAACACCUGGCACCCAGUCACCCGUAUCAAGAUUACAAUUCCAGGCUCUCACAUUCAUUUAAUCUCCUCCGCACCCAGUUGCUCCGAAAAACACAUUUGCUCAUCCGUUUAUUGCAUAGUUUUAAGUUUCGCCCACUCGGGGAAGAUCAUAAUUUAAGUAACGUAAUUCUUUGUGAGCAAUGGCCAAUAAUUUUGAAUUAUUGCCGACUAGUUUCUAUUUAUAAAUUAAAAAUUCGAGAAUUUUAAA